AUCAAAAUCAAAGCUAGCGUAGCGUAAGUCAAAGUUGUGUUGUGUUUGCAACUUCUCACAAGUAUUACAGUGUGAUUUUCACCUUUCUAUCUGGAUUUUCAUGUUAUAAAUUGAAAUGGAGAAUGGUGGCCAUAAAAAGUCCUGGUCGGAAUUGAAACAAGUAGUGUUAGAGCUUCGCCGCCAGUUGUCAAGUCUCUCCACAAUCAUCCCUAGCUCUGUUGAAUUCCGAACUUUAAAAGAUGGACGCACACGAAUAUUUUUCCUUAGCACUCCAGCUAAUGGCUGGGAGACAACUCUGCUCUACACUGAUAUUGUUCCUGAUGAGCCUAAGAGCGGAAGGCUACAAUGGCAUCCGGUGAUUGAGUCAAAUUUUCAGAGUGUAUCGUUAGGAUGUCGUUCAUCAAGGGAAGAGCAGUUAAUGUUGGAACGUCGUCGACUUGCCACUUGGGGUAUCACCUCGUACGAACUGCAUCAAGCAUCAGGGAAAUUGGUGUUCCCGGCAGCCAGCACACUGUUUCAGUGUAUAGAUACUGGAUACAUGAAUGGCCCUUUAUUCCCAGCGGAACUUAGAAUGAAUUCCAGCGGUGCUAAACUUAUGCCACAGAUCUGUCCGUCAAAUCCUGAUUUGGUUGCAUAUAUCUGCAAUUCUGAUAUUUGGGUCUCGCACACACUUACAGGGAGCACUCAAAGGUUGACCUAUGCUCACAAGGGAGGCAGGACCCUAGCAGACGACCCACUCACUGCAGGGAUACCCUCCUAUGUGAUGCAGGAAGAGUUCAACCGCUACCAAGGCUACUGGUGGCAGCCAGCAACUACAGAUGGAACCUAUAGGAUAUUAUAUGAAGAAACAGACGAAAGUGAUGUAAAAAUUUACAGUUUCCCUUCUUCAAAUUCUAACAGCAGUGGAGAGGUAGAACAAUACAGAUUUCCUCGGGCAGGAACGCCCAACUCCAAAUCCAACCUGAAGCUGCUGACCUUUCGGUUGAGUGAUAGCUUACAGAUCACAGACAUCCACAAUCUAGAGCUGCAGUAUCCAUUGAGCCAUUGCUUCCCCUGGCUUGAGUACAUGGUCCGGGUAGGAUGGGCUCCUAAUCUCACUAAUAUCUGGGUGCAACUGCUGGAUCGCCGGCAGCAGAGGCUGGAGCUGGUGUUGCUGUCUUUGGACAACUUUGUUGAGCCUCCACCUAACAUGUACCACACAGAGAACCACCUCAGUGCCAACUGUCCUCCUGCCCAAGUCAUCUCUGUGCAGACAACAGAUGUCUGGAUAAACGUCCAUGAUCUUCUGUACAUGUUCCCCAUAUCAGACUGUGGCAAGCUAACCUUCAUUUGGGCAAGUGAAGAGACUGGAUACAGACAUUUGUAUCUCAUCACAACCAACAUUGGAACUUACCACAAUGGUGUAGAAGAUGCACUUCACAACGCAGAAAAUAGCCUAGUGACCAACAGACUGGGUAGUGCAGUAGCUCUGACCAGUGGAGAGUGGGAGGUCCUGGGCUGGAACCUGUGGGUGGACGAGGAGCGCCAACUUGUAUACUUCAUGGGUCUGCGUGAAACACCUCUAGAGAAACACCUAUAUGUGGUGUCUCUGCAGCGACCCGGAGAAAUACGGCUGCUCACCAGACCUGGCUACUCCUACACUGUAGACAUCAACAAGGAAUGCAACCUGUGUGUUGUGGUGUACAGCAACAUACAGAAGCUACCGGCUUCUCAAGUAUUCAGGAUAACACACACUGACUGGACGGUUGACGGGGUCAAUCUUACUCCCAUCGGGUACAUACUGGAACCAUCAGUGCCUGAGGUGGAGAUACAUGCACCUGAGCUCUUCACUCACAAGAUGCAGUCUGGAGAGAUACUUUAUGCGAUGCUGUUCCGGCCUCAUGGCUUCCAACAUGGGCGCAAGUAUCCUGUUCUACUGAAUGUGUAUGGAGGCCCAGAAGUACAGCUAGUGUCAAACACAUUCAAGGGUAUGAGGCAUUUGAGAAUGCACAUGUUGGCAGCCCAGGGCUACUGUGUCAUCGCCAUAGACUCGCGCGGAUCUCACCACCGGGGACUCAAGUUUGAGAGCCACCUCAAGGGCAGAAUGGGUACUGUGGAGCUAGAAGACCAGAUAGAAGUGUUGCAGUGGUUAGCUGAAAGGCUGCAGUUCCUUGACAUGGAGAGAGUUGCCAUUCAUGGCUGGUCCUAUGGAGGCUACAUCAGUCUAAUGGCUUUAGCCACCAAACCUCAUAUUUUCAAGGUGGCAAUCGCAGGCGCACCUGUUACAUCAUGGAAUCUCUAUGAUACGGGUUACACAGAACGUUAUAUGGACAUGCCUCAAAACAAUCUUCAAGGGUACAAAGCUGGCUGUGUGCUAAACUACAUCAACCAAUUCCCUGAUGAUGAAAACAGACUGUUGAUCAUUCAUGGGUUGAUUGAUGAAAAUGUACACUUCUACCACACCAGUCAGUUGAUCAACGCAAUGGUGCGAGCUGGCAAGCCUUACCAGCUACAGGUCUACCCAAAUGAGAGACACAGUCUUCGCAAUCUGGAUGCAAGUAAACACUAUGAAACAACAUUAUUGUCUUUCCUACAAAACCAUCUUUAACACUGCCAAGUAUUAUAAGAGCUAAAUUAAGAUCCCUACUGUAUGGUAUUCUGUUUAGUCAAAAAUGUAUUACGUGCAAAAUCAAGUUCCAAGGACCUGUAAUUUGUUAAAUAGUACAAAUAAAUUAUAUUUCAAUAAGUUAUAAUAUUGGAACUCAGGUUACUUUAAAUUGUUUAGGCAGUCCAGUGGAUAGCAUCUUUAACCAAUAAUUAAUAGCUAGACAUUCCAUCCCUAUAUGAAAACUGUCACCAGUUUUUAAAUCAAAAUGUACAUAAUUAUUGAAGUGAGCCACUGACAGAUUGUGCUGAUGUAAAUUACUCAUUUCUAAUAUCUUCUAACAUCUUGAAAUAUGCAGACAUUUUAACCUAGUCAAACUGAUAGGAUGACUUAUUGGGAGCUAGCAUCUUUUAUGUCAUGUCAACUAUCUCAGUACCGGUAACAAAAACUAAGGUAAAAAUAUAAUUUUUGACACUAGCACAAUCUGUGACUAUUUCAUUCAACAUUCUCUUUGAAAAAAAAUUAGCAACAUCUUGUCCAUGAAUAUGGGAUGUCUACUUCAGCAUACUAAAGUCAUGUAGCAUUCUUACUUCACAAUCACCUAGGUUGCAAACUAUUUUUGAAGUAAAAAAACUAGACAACUGUUAUUUGAUAUUAAGUUUUAAACAUCCUGGCUAUUUCAGCUGGUCCCUAAAUGAUUAUUCUGAAGUACAAAAGGAAGGUUGGCUGAGUCGAUACCUAUAAACGUUUAACAGUUAGCUAUAAGGUAAAGUAUCCGAAGAAUUUGAACAAUUUAGUUUUUCCAUUCUACUGCUGUUGUUAGUUAGACGUUUCACUUAUUAUUAUUACAACGCCUUUUAGCAAACUCAACUCCACAUGAGAACUCCAACUAUCCAAAUAGUUUUUUUGCAAAAUAAUAAAUAUCAAGAAUCACAGUACGGUCCUGGCAAAGUUGUGAUCUUCAUUCUUAUGGUUGACAUCUGCGAUGGCGGAAGAUGUCAUGACAUCGUAAAGGUUCCCGCGAUCACAGGGACAUCAUGGAUUUUUUGGUUUUCCUAGAUGAUUUUUGCAAGCACAUCAAUAUCAUGAGAAUGAAAGCUAUGCUCGGCUACAGACUAACCACAGAUAUACACACACAUAUAUAAUAAUAUAUCAAUUUGAAUGAAUAGUUUUUUUUGGCCUCUGGGGACAUCAAAAUGUAAAAGUAAAUCGGUCCCGGGUCUAGGUCUUUCCUACAGUAAUGGCCUCUUCUCUAUAGGAAAAUUCGCUUGGGCAAUUUCCAACUGCUUAAAGGAACUCAAAGCAACUCAAGCAUUACUCUAUGUAUGCAAGUAAAGGGGUAUUAUGUUUUAUGUUACUGCAUGUCUAAUUACCAAUAUCACGAAUAUGGAUAUUUAACUUGACCACUGUAGUGGCUUUAUGGUUGCUAUUACAAUUAUACCGGGUGUCCCAUAAUAGUCCCCCACUGGUUAAUUUUUAACGGCUGCAUAUAUUCAAAUGAGGUUUGAUACACGGUACUAGGGUAGUGUCAUCACCCACCCCCAAAUAGGGCUUGCUGGUGCUGGUGAGGCUUUGAUUUUUAAAAUACCAACCCCUAUUUGGGGGUGGGUGAUGAAAUUCAAAAUCAUGCUAAAAAGUGUGUGACAUCAUUCUGGUCCCAUGUACUGAAGAUUAUUUGAAAAUUUACAGCCAUGAAAAAAUAAAAGUGAUGGAAUGUUCCAGUUAAAUUAACGUCUAACAUUUCCUGCCAUUUUAAAAAUUCAAAGUCGGAUUUUUAACAUUAAUUUCCUUUUUUAUAGCUCUUAAAAAUAAUGUGCGACUUGAUAGGGGUUGCCAUUAAAAAGUUUUAAGUAAACCCCAGCAACCCCUAUUUGGGGGCAGGGGGUGAAUUGAAAAAUAUCACCAAAAAGUAAGUUUUACAUUACUCUAGUAAUGUGUAUUGAAGCUUGUUUGAAUACAGGCAGCCGUUCAAAAAUUAACUAGGGUUACUAUUAUAGGAUAGGCCUACCCGUUAUAACAAUAACAAACACAUUAUAUAAUACGCAAAUGAUUGUUUAAUAUUUUUUUCUUUAUUUAAAUUUGUUAUUAAUUACACUCCAUUAAAUUGAUUCUUUUAAUUUGUAACUAAAUUGAAACAUAACUUAUUAUAGAGCUUGUGAACGGAAAUGUUGCAGUGUAGCUCCUCCUCUUUUUUAUGAAGAGUUUUUUUUUUAUAGUUUAAUUUAUGCAUGUCAAAGUUUUUCCUUUUUAAAAUUACUGUUAUCAUUUUAUGGUGUUUCUAUGGAACAAAUUAUUUACAACUGGACUUGCCUUUUUAAUUAGAUUUUAUUUUUAUCAUAACUCAUUAAUAAUUAUUACUGGACAGAUAUUUUAGCCCUCUAGAAGUAUUUUAAAUGGUAGAUACUUUGCCAUCGUAAAGUGCAAUGGAAUAGGUUAUAGCUAUUUUUACACUUUAAGAUUAGUAUUUUGAGCUUGAUGUGUAUAGAGAACUAAAAUAUCCUAAUGACAUUGUGAUAUCAUCAUUUCUGUAAUAUAUUCUAAAUAUUUAUGUUGAUUUUUCAAACUGAAUGUUGUAAAUAGUGUAAUUUAUUAUUUCAUUUUACAAUCUUUGUUAUUUAUAAAGUUAUAAUUUUAGGAUGAUGAUAUUUUUUAUAACUGUAUAUACUGUAAUACUUUACAGGCAUUUUUAUUUUUCCACUGAUAUUAAGAUUAAUAAAUUUAUAAUUCCAUCCUACAUUUCAGUUUAAUUCAGGCUUUAAAAAUAUAAUUUGUAUUACAAAAAGCAAAUCUACUAACCUAUUUAUUAGUUAAGCAAUGUUAAAUCCUCUCUCACAUUUUAUUUCUUGUAACAAAAACUGUAUAAUAUACAUAGAUUGUAACAUAGUUUGGUAGAUAAUGUAUUUAUACUUGGUUAUGUAUUCAGUUGAAAAAUAUUUUAAAUAAUCUACAAUAUCGGAAGUACUUAAUAACUUCCAAGCUCAUAGUUUUAUAUGGACUGUUUGAAUUUGUGACAUUGUAACUGUUUUUUUUUUUUAUCACAUUGUUAUUAGCUUAACCUCAUUAGUUUUCCAUGAAAAAUAUUGUAAUACUCAAUAUUGUAAAAUACCUUGUUUGUUUACAUUAUACUGUGAGUUAUUGACUGUUGAUACUGAGAAUAACCAAAGUUAGAUCUGUUCAUUGAUUAAUUAAUUCUUGGUUAAUUAACUUCAAUUAUUGGUUUACAUUCACCCCAACUUCUAAUUCCAAAGUCGCUAUUUUUACCCCCCCCCCCCCCCCCAAUCAGUUCUAUUCUCAUUGUUAACUUGGUGGUUCUCCUUUAGUACCGAAAGUCAAUAAUUUGUUAUAUACGAGUAAAAAAACACCCCUUGAGUUAUGUUACAGUAUUUUCCUUGCUUCAAAAUAACGGUUGUAAAUUAGGAGAUGUUUAACUUUUUAAGAAUUUUUAAAGUUACAUUUUAAAGUAUUAAAAUAUUACCAAACAUGUUUGAUAUCUCUGCAGAAACUAAUUAUUAUUAAAAAUAAUCUGUAUCCACGUGUUUUUAUAUCCUUACAUUAUAAUCAGCCUACUUUAUCAUCAAGGUCCAAUUAGUAGAACUGCGGUUAACUGAAAUAAAGGGAGGAAAGCCGUUUCGGAUAACCAAUUUUUUGGUUAACCUGUCAUAUGCUAAAAAUAGUCUAUGUAUUACCACGGUGUGUAGGAAAAAUGAAUUUAAAACAACUACUGUACCUGUUGCUCGAAUUCGAGCAAUUACUAGUACGAUAUAAA